AAUAAACGGAGCCCAACAGAGGCGCGUUUUGGUUCGACGUUUGCCUUAUCCUUUCGUCUCAUCUUCAUCGUCGCCUCUGAAUUUAGUUUUCCAGAAUCUCUUAAAUUUCAAAAUCCGUAGGAAGAGGAUUGAAGAAAAAUGGCGCAGAUGGUUGCGAUGCCUGUAGCGCACUCGCUAUCACUCAUUUGCAAUUGGACAAAAUCCAAUUCUCUCUCUCGCAACACUCUUGCUCUGCCAGCUUCAAACGCUCCCAAGAAGCAAAGUCUAAGCAUCCGAAGUGCUCGUGUUGGAGGUGUGGAGAUUCCGAGCAAUAAGAGAAUUGAGUACUCUCUUCAGUACAUUCAUGGGAUUGGCCGAACAAGGGCUCGCCAGAUUCUCGUUGAUCUCCAGAUGGAGAACAAAAUCACCAAAGACAUGGCCGAGGAAGAACUCAUCAUUCUUCGUGAUGAAGUCUCCAAGUAUAUGAUCGAGGGUGAUCUGAGGAGAUUCAAUGCUCUUGCGAUCAAGAGAUUGAAAGAGAUCCAAUGUUACCGUGGGGUAAGGCACAUUCAAGGGCUGCCAUGUCGUGGACAGAGAACCAAGAACAACUGCAGGACUCUUAAAGGCAAGAAAGUCGCUAUUGCAGGGAAGAAGAAAGUUUCCAAGUAAACAUGAUCUUGAUUUCCUUCUUGUUUUGUAAUACUCUUUUUAGUUUGUCUAGUUUCUCUGUUUAAAUUGUGAUUUGUAAUCCUUGAAACUUGGUUCGAAUUGAGCCCUCUCCAGAUUAUCUUCGUUUUUCUGGCUAUUGUUAUUCCAUAUCUUCAUCACUCAUUAUAAAGCUACAGAAAAAGUUGAAGGUUUU